AUAAGAAGCCGAACAACAGGGCAGGUUGCACUUUCGCAAGAUCCGAUCGUGCUGGAGCCAUGGGCAUGCGUGGGGACAUGGAGCUACCCAAGCGCGCUCGGCGACACAGCAGCCGAAUGCAGAUCGCACUUGGUGCUCUCGUCGUGAGCAGCCUCUGCGCCUGCGCAGUCUUUUGCUUCCUCUUAUCCACGAGCGCCCAAGCCCUCGACCGAACCGGCGCCAGCGACCUCUUUGAGCAAGGUGCGAUUGCGUCGCGCAUGUGCCCGCGCGAGACAGUUGUGUACGUCUUCUCCAGCGGCUGUCUCUACGCAGUAUGGGUCAUUGUCAUCCUCCUGGCGCAGACGACGCGGCGUGGCUUGCCACUGCUUGUCGUUGUCGCGCUCCUUAGUGUCGGCUGCGUCAUUUGGGGCGUCCUUGGCGCCAUCUGGAGCUCGCGCAAGGGAUGCCCCGAGACCGAGCCGCUGCUGUUUACCAUGGCCAUGGCGACGUCCGCCGUCUUCAUCUUUGUCGGACUGCCCGUUAGCGGCCUCCUCGUGUCGUACUCGCUGCGCACACUGGUGCCAUCCCACCACCGCGAGCAAUGGCUACUGAGCUGUCUUCGCUGCUCUUGCGUCUCGUCGCUCGUCAAACGCGGCUGUGUCGUCCUCCCCUUUGUCGCGCUCACCGCCACCAGCGUCGCGCUCCUCGCCGCGUACGGCCAUGCGCCGUGCUCCAAGCCAUUUGCGCUCUACGUGGGCGUUUCGAGCGCGCUCUUUGGGACGCUGACGCUGCUCCUGUGCACGUGCUACGUCGUCUCGCGCAAGCAGCACGCAUCGUCCUCGCAGCGCGUCGUUGUCGGCUGCCUCCUCCUCUUGUCCGUCACGGCCCUCGGCUGGGCUAUCUUUGGCUCGACGCUCGUGUCGCACCCCGUGCUUGGGUGCCCGGCCGACCUCUUCCACGCGGUGCAGCUGCUGCGUAUCUUUCUCUUCGUCGUGAGCAUCACACUUGGCGCGCUCACGCUGUGCUGUCAAGUGGAGCGCUUUUGCCAGUCGUCCGAGCUCGUCGAGGACGAGCCCGCCUUGACCAUAGCGCAGGCGACGCACGUUAUUGUAUAG